GAAAACCUUGGAAAGGAGUGGCAAGGAGUUGUCUCCAGCUCAACUGGACCGAGUUGUAUCAGCAGAACAUAGCCAGAAUGCCUUGUUCCUUAAGAUUGCCAUUUCUGAGCUGUCUGUGUUUGGCUACUUCCGACAGCUGGACCAGAAGAUUGACUCCCUCAUCAAAUGUAAUGGGGUUGGUGAGCUGUUCAACAAAUAUCUGUCUCGUCUUGAAAGUGACUACAAUGUCAAAGACUAUGAGGGCAAUCUGGUUCAAAAGGUGAUGAUGGCGCUGAUGGUGUCACAUGAGGGCAUGUCCGAGAAUGAGUUGAUGGAGAUCCUUCACAUCCCCAACCAUAUCUGGUCCCCACUUUAUUUUGCCAUGGAAACCUACAUUGUGGACAGAUCUGGAGUGCUGGGUUUUGCAUUUGAAGAAUUGAAAGAUGCUGUGACCUCAAGAUACAUGAAGAGCCAGGAAGACAGGAUUACUGCAACAAAACCAAUCAUUGACUACUUUAAUGCCAAAAGAAAGAAUUUUCAUAACAUCACUGGCAUGAUUGACAAGGACAGAAGGCGAACAACAAAUGAGUUGCCAUGGUUACACAAAGACAUUGAGGACUGGGAGGGCCUGGCCAUGGCUUUGUCUGACUUGUGUAUAUUUAGUAGAUUGUACAGGGAGAGAGAGUAUGACCUUCUGGAGCUGUGGAAGGCUACAAAGAUGUCCUUCAACACUGUAACUUCCAUGUAUAUGGCCAGCAUGGACCGGUACAUUGUCGACAGAUAUCUGCUGAUACCCGACCAUGCGGAGGACGAGGAACCCCCAGGUCUUCUGUUGCUGGAAGUUUUAACAGAAUUAUCCAAUUUCCUCAACCUGGCAGCAUGUGUAAAGGGGAGAGAAAUUGUCAUCCGGCGCCAUCUCAACAUACUGGAGAAUGUUAAGGGGAAAAAAGGCAUGUCACAUGCUAAAAUCCUUGCAGAGACCACGGAAACACAGCUCUCCUUAGCCAAUCUCUUGGUGGACAUUGGCCGCUAUGAAGAAGGCGUAGAGCUACAUAGCAGUGUCAGGGAUUACUGUCAAAGAAUGCUGGAUGAAAGAAAUGACCAAGAGACUUAUGAAGUGCUUCAAGCGUCUUCUUUCAGUGGCAUUGGUAUGGCUUACUUGUUACAAGGGAUGACAGAAAAGGCCUUUGAAGCUUACAAUAAAUCUGAGGAAUUAUUCAGAAAGUGGAAAAGACAGAGCAGUGUCUUAACCUGCAAGCAAAACUUGGGACAAUUAACCAUGAAUCAAGGGAAGUAUGAGGAGGCCAUUCAAAUAUAUGAAGACUGCAUGAAGGGCCUGGAGAAGAUCCACUUUGGAAGCACUUACCAUGAAUUGGGUAAUUUGAUGACCAACAUCGCACUGUGUUACCGUCGUCUAAACAGACUGGAUGAUGCAGAGAAGAUGUAUUUCAAAUCUCUAUCUUGUGUUGUAGAUCUGUUUGUGUUGUAA